AGUAUCGAACCCGCGAUCGUCGCGAGCAUACGUGUGCUAUAUUCCUCCUCGGCCUCAACAAUAAUAAAAAAAAAAAUAAAUAAAUAAAAAAGAUUAAUAAAUUUAUAAUUAAAAAAAAAAAUUAAAUAAUAAAAUUAUUUAAUUUAUAUAUUAAACUGCUUUACUGAAUUUUCAUUGUGUAAAAUUUUUUUUUUUAUUUUCAUUUUCAACAAUAAUUAACCGGUACACUUGUUUGUGCAAAUUAAUAAAUUUUUAUAAAUGUGAGUGCUUAAUUGUGUGUGUGUUUGUGUGUGUAAUUAAAAAAAUAAAAUUAUUAUUUUUUAUUUAAUUAAAAUAUUAUAAAUUUAAAUUUAAUUGUUAUGAUAAUAUUAAUUUUAAAUACAGUUAAAUAUAAAAUUUCAUUGGAAUUUAACUGGGAUUCAAAGUUAACGUAUUUAAUACCACAAGGAAACAUUGACAUGGGCAACGUGGGAACUAUCAAGCGGUUAAUCCAGUGCUGAAAAAAAAAAAAGAAAAAAAAAAAAAUGGAUCAAUCGAGUAUACGUGAUGAUGAUAAAUUACAAGUGUUAUUGUGUUAAUUUUAAAUUGGAUUAUUAUCAAAGACAGUGAGCCUUGAAAUAUAUACAUGAAAAUAAGAAAGGAAAAAAAAAAAUUAAAAUAUUAAAUUAACGAGGAAUUGAAUGAUCCAAGUGACCGCGAAGGACUAGUGAAAUUCAAGUAGGCUCUUAGAGAACCAGUGACUCGUUGGCAAGUGCAAAUAAAUAAUAAAUAAAUAUAAAGUGUACUGAAACGGAAAAAAAAAAUAAAAAGCCAAGUGAACAAGCUAACGAAACCAAUUAAUUAAAAUAAAAAAAAUUGAUAAUAAAUAUUUUAAAAAUGAAGCAUCAUCCAGCAGUGACAGUCUUUAUUGUUCUCCUUGGCAGUGUACGAGCUCAAGGGAUCCCGCGAACAAUUUCGUCUAGGCCUUUCCGAGGAGGACCACCAGUCCAGACGAGAGCAGUGCUUGAUGGUACAGCUGAAUUACCAUGUGACAUUCGACCUCCUCAACCAAACGAUUCAGCAAUUCUCGUUGUCUGGUAUAAAACGUCAGACCGUCUGCCCGAUAUAACGCCCAUCUACAGUUAUGAUAUGAGAAAUAAACGUGACAAGGCGACACACUGGAAAGAUAAAGAAUUUUUAAAUGAACGAGCUCAUUUUAAACCGUCAACUGAUCCAGCAAUAUUGGUUGUUAAAAGAGUGGAGCAGCGAGAUGAAGGAGAAUAUCUUUGUCGAGUUGAUUUCGUCAGAAGUCCAACGAGAAAUGCAAAAAUAUAUUUAACAAUAAUUGUUCCACCACAUAAACCAAAUAUAAUUGAUGAACAUGGAAAAACUGUGACAAAAAUUGCUGGUGUUUAUCAAGAGGGUGGAAGCAUGCGAUUGACAUGUCUCGUAUCUGGUGGUCGACCAUCACCAACAGUAAGAUGGUGGCGUGGUGAAACACUACUUGAAUCAAAAGAUGAACACGGUGAAUUUCCAGCCCUACGAAGAAAUACUCUUAUUGUAAUGGAUCUGACAAGGGCUGAUUUGGAUGCCGUAUUCACUUGUCAGGCUUCCAACAAUAACAUCAGUCUGCCUGUCUCGGCCUCCGUUAGCAUUGAUAUGCACUUGCGACCUAUGAGCGUGUCAAUUUUGAGCAGUGCAGAUGCUCCCCUGAGUGCUGACCGAAAAUAUGAUAUUAAUUGUAUGACUGUUGGAUCAAGGCCCCCAGCACAAAUAUCCUGGUACAUGGAUGGAAAAAUGUUAAAAAAUUUUACCCAAAAGGUAUCUGAAGAUGGAAAUAUGACAACAUCAAGCCUGACAAUAACACCAAAAAAAGAAGAUCACGACAAGAUUAUUACAUGUCGUGCUGAAAAUUCAAAAGUCGAUGGUGGUGUUGAAGAAGACACAUGGAAACUAAAUAUUUACUUUGUACCAACUAUUCGUCUUGAGCUUGGAUCCAAGAUGAAUCCCGAUGACAUUGAGGAAGGUGAUGACGUUUAUUUCGAGUGCAAAGUUCGAGCAAAUCCAGAUGCCUACAAAGUUGUUUGGAAACAUAAUGGUGCAGUGAUACAUAAUAAUGCUAAAAAGGGUGUCAUUGUACAACAAUAUAGUCUUGCCCUUCGAAAAGUUGAUCGCUUUCAAUCAGGCAACUACAUGUGUGUCGCAUCAAAUGUCGAGGGUGAUGGUUACAGUGAUACAGUCAAUCUAAAAAUAAUGUAUAAACCAAUAUGCAUACCAGAACAAAAACGUAUUUAUGGUGUUGCUCGAUUAGAAGAUGCAAGUGUUAUUUGUCGUGUUGAAGCAUAUCCACCACCAAAUAAUUUUCGAUGGGCAUUUAAUCAUACUGGAACAUUGACAGAUGUACCACAAUCAAAAUUUAAAAAUUCAACACAUACACAAAGUAUUCUAACAUAUAAACCAGUUACUGAAAUGGACUAUGGUAGUGUAUUAUGUUGGGCAAGUAAUACCGCUGGACAACAAAUGAAUGCCUGCAUAUUUCACAUUAUACCAGCAGGUAAACCUGAAGCACCAUACAAUUGUACAUUGAUAAAUCAAACAACAGAAUCAUUGUCAGUUGAAUGUACGGCUGGUUUUGAUGGUGGACAACCACAAAAUUUUUAUUUAGAAGUAUUUGAUCAACAUACUGGUUUGUUACAAGCAAAUGUAACAUCACAUGAUCAUGCAUCUUUUACUGUACAAGGACUUGAGCCUGGUAAGGUGCUCACUAUGAAAUUAUAUGCUUACAAUUCAAAAGGUCGAAGUGAAUCAACUAAACUUGAGGGUUUUACUCUUAAAGUUGCUGAGAAACAAACUGGCAUUUACACGAGAGCUGUACGCGUUUUCUUUCCAGGCAGUCCCGUGCCAUUUGAAAUAACGCCAUUACUUGGUGUUUUAAUUGGCGUGGUUGCUGCACUUUUUCUCAUCACAAUAAUAAUACUUGGAGCACUUAAAAUACGAAGUGACAGAAGAACACAUAGACCAGGUGAUUUACCAUUAAAAAAAUCAACAGCACCAAGCUCUGAAGAACUAUACGAUGCUGAUGACAGAAAUCCAGAUGUCGUGCCAACGAAUAAAGAUUCAGAUUAUCAAUUAACGGGGUCAACAGCUGGCACACCACUUGCUGCCCAAGCAACACCUGACAAUGUAUCAGCAACGUCUUUGACCAACCAGCAACAGUCUAAUCAUCUCCAGGGACUUGCUAACUACACGCACAAUGACUACACCAAUUAUCCAACACUUCCAUUAACUGGUGAAGUAACAUAUGCUGAGUUGUGCCUCGCUCGACCAACGACAUUGUCAACAACAGUGGAUACAAAAUUAGGAUGUUUAGGUGGUAUUGGAAAUUUUUCAAAUACAGGAAAUGUUGGUAAUGUUGGUAGUGGUGUUGGUAGUGGUAAUGGUAAUGGUGGUGGUAUUAUUGUUGGUGGUAAAUCAUAUAUUAAAGAAGCAACUGUAUAUGCAUGUAUUGAUCAUAAUGCAAGACCACCUAAAAUUGAUCAAAUAUGUCAACCAAUAAAAGGUAAUAAUACACUUAUUCAUGAUGUUGGAAUAUCAACAAAUAAACAACAUCAUCAACGUGAAGUUGUUACUGUACGUACACCACUUAUUUCAACACAAGAAAGUUGUGUAUAGGAGCGGGACACCGACGCACUUGACAUCAAUGAAUAUUAUGUCUAAAUAAUUGUUGCGUCGAUUGGAUGUUAUUAGGAACCAAUUAAGCCUAAUUUUAAAAAAAAAAUUUUAUAUACAUAAAUAAUAAUUAUAAUAAUAAAUAUAAUUUAUUAUAUUAAUUUUUAUCUUAUAGAAAUAAUAUUACGUAAAUUACGAUGAAAAAUAAAACAUCGAAAUAUUAUUAAUUUUAAUGAGAAAUAUUUUACUUUUUUUUUUAAAUUUUUAUUAUCAAUGAAAAAAUUAUUCUUCCAUGAAAAAUAAUAAUUAAUAAUUCCAAAGACUUUGGAGUAUUUUGCUUCAAGUAAAAAAUAUUUAUUUUAUUUAUUUAUUAUGAUACAGUCAACGUGACAAGAUGAGACUGCUAACAGCUUAUAAAAAAAAUCAUUUUUUUUUUUUAAAUGUGUUUAUUGUUUAUUAAUUAAACAAACACAGAUAAUAAAAAAAAUAAAUAAAUAAAUUUUAAAUGUAAAUAGUAAGACUGCUUUUUUUCAGUUGGUGACAACUAUAUCUGAUUCAACGAAUUUUAAACUUUAUUCACGCGACCGGUUCGCGUGUUUAUGUGUACAGAUUUCUUAUUGGUUUUUUUUUUUUUAUUUUUCUUUGUCAUUUAUUAUUGCUGAAAUAAUUAUUUUUCGUCGUUUAAUUAUUUUUAUUUUUCGUUCUCUUUGUGUAAAUAUAGAAUGAUUGUGAAUUUGGGAGGUUCAUUGCUCGAUAAAUGAGCCUAAUGUUCGGUUCAAAUGACGGGUAAACGAUCAAGAAAAUAAAAAUUUAAAAUAAAAAAAAAACAACAGAAAGAAUAAUAAUAAAUAUUCGAAAAUUAUUAUGAAACUUCCAGGUGGAUAAUUUAUCAACAUGAAAGUCUCAAUUGACUAUUCAUAAAUUGAGUGUACACCAGGAAGAUAUCUAAUAAUCAUAAUGAUAAGUAAUAAAUAAUAUUAAUAAUAAUAAUAAAUAUAAUAAAAAAUAAAAAUACUUUGAACUCGUUUGUUAUUGAGUGCUGCAUAUAAACGAGAACCACUGUACAGUCAUAUUAUUUUUUCAAACAAAAUAAAAAAAGAUAAAAAAAAAAUUUUAAAACUAAUAAUCAAUAAAUGGAAAUAUCAUGUUUAUAAAAAAUUCAUAAAUUCAAUAAAUAUAAAAAAAAUACAUUUCAAGACAAAAAUAAAAAUAAAGCUCUCAUUCUAAUUGAAGAAUAAAUUGCGGACAAAAAAAUGAGAAAAUUAAAAGAAAUUAAAAUUUAAAAAAUUUAAAAAAAAAGAAAAAAAAUUAUGUGUAUAAAUGAAAACUUAUGAAUGUUAUGAAAAUUAAUUUGAAAAUACCAAAAAAAAAAAAAGAAAAUAAAAUUUUUAAUUAUAAAAAAAAAAAAACUAUUAUUGUAAGAUUUUAAAUUUUUAAAUAUAAAAAAAUGAAGAAUAAAAAAAAAAAAAUUGGAACGAUAGGAUAAAAUCAUUGGUGAGUGAAUGACAAUGUGUGUAACAAUAUGAAUGUACUUGUGUACAUGUAUGUGUGUGUGUGAUAUGACUUUUUGAUUGCAACAAGAAUGACUGAAAUAAUCCACGUCCGCCGUGUGGAUUGAACCGCAAUACCCAAGAGGUCGCGACCGACAACAAUGAUAAUAAAAAUAAACCAGGAGCCAUAACAAUUGUUUUUUUUUUUUAUAUUUUCAUUCCCUUCUGUUUUGACCCGAUACUAUUUUCUAGCAUCUGAGUAUCUAGCUUCUCCAUUCGUGCGACUUUAACAUUCUCUUUUUUACAAUUUUAAUUUUUUUUUUUUUUCUUUUUAUUAUUCUUUUGUGAACUUUUCACCCUCCCCCCCUCCCUCAUGUGGGAUAAACCCCCCUUCAAUGUAUAGUUUUCAGUACAGUUGUAUUAAACUCCAUUGGAAUGAAAAUUAAAUUGAAAAAAAAAUAAAAUAAAAUAGAAAGUGUAAUCAAUAAUGAAAGAGGUUAAAAUAAAAAAAAAAAAAAUGGUGAAAAUUCGGGCAAUGGGUUUAACUAGAAAGCAUCAUGCUAUAUGUAGUCACGCAAGCGUAUUCGUGACUUUUAUAUUUUAAAGUUGUAAUACAACAUCACCCCAUCAUCAUCAUCAUUAUCAUCAUCGUCCUUGUGUUAUCACAACUGUAAAAGCAUGUCCCAUAAUUUUCACGAAUAUUUUAGGCACGCGCGUUCGUUAACGAUUACAAAAUUUGUGGCAAAAAUCUAUCAUAUACAUGCGUACAUAAUAAAAUUCCUCAUAUACAUACUAUUUUAGUGUUCAUAGAAUAUUUCAAACUCGUCCUCACCCAAACCCAUCAAAUCUGUUCAAACACAAUGCCCAAAUAACAUUCACAGACAUAAAAAUUUACAAAACAUUUUUCAUUUUUUUUUUUUUCACAAUUAAAAUACAUAUUUAAAAAAAAAUAAAUAUACAUAAAUAAACAUUUUUUUAUCCAUCAAAUUAGUAAUACAAUUUUCAUGUUUAAAAAAAUAUAUAAAUAAAUAAAUUACCUAAAAAUAUAAACAAUUCAAACAGAUGUAAAAAUUACAAAACUGACUUUUAUCUACUCAUCACAUUAUACAGUACAUAAAAAUAUAAAUAGUCUGUUAUUUAUUUCACUGCCACAAACAUAAAUUGAAGCUUUGAGGCUGAUUUAUUUUUAUUUAUACAAUAUAAAGUUUAUAUUAAACUUUGUUGAUGGUUUUUUUUUUUUAAAGAAAAAUAUUUUUAAAGUAAAUGAAAGAAAAAAAAAAAAAAAACCAUAACGAUCAGUCGUUUCUUUUCAUUAGUUUUAUUAUAUGAUACAGUUAUAUAUAAUUUACUAAAUAUUUUUUACGUACUUUUACAAAUAAACAUUAAGGGUACAUGUGUGUGUGUGUGAGAAUAAAUAUAUACAUGAAUAAAUGGAGAAGAAAAAAACUUUACAACUUUAAAAAAAAAAAACUUUUAUACAACUUUUUAUUCAGGUGUGUUGAUAUGAGUGUAUAUAACAUUUUGUUCAAAACACCUAUACAUGAAAAAAACGCACAUAUUAUUUUUUGCUUUAUUCCCUUUAACCCUCAGCACUCGUGAAAAAAUAAAAAUAUAAACACAAAGUGAAUGGGGAAACUUACUACUUUGCUUUACUGGCCCUCUUUCAAUGUUAUCUCCCUUUGAUUUCGAACGAAUGGAGAAAAUAAUAAUCAUGAAUUGAUAAUAUGGCUCCUGAUAUAUGACGUGUGUAUAUUUAAAUGUACGUUGACCAUUUAAAUAUUAAUGUUAUGAGAAAUAAAGAAAAUUGAAAUUAACAAAAGGAAAAAUUAAUAGAUAGUAUGGAAAUUUUAAAUUAAUCAUGUUUACAAGUGUAUAUAACGAUUGUAUAUAUUAAAUUAUAAUUGAUUGAUCUAUUUGAAAAGGA